CUGUGCUGCCAGUGCCGCGGUAGCUGCAGAGCCGGCAGCUCCCAGCUCUAUUUAUGCAGCCCGAGCGCUUCCACGCAGGCUGUGACACAGCAAGGGCUUGGACUUUAGCACGGGCACAACGUGGAAGUGCCUGACGUGUGCUCGGGCCUGACAUCACCCAGAGCCCUGGCAUCACCCAUGGCCCCGCCAGCCCCCGGGGGGUGACAGGCACAGACGGGGUGGGGGUACACAGGACACCCCGAGCCCCUCCUGGGGACAGGGACCUGGGCUGGGGACCCCUCAGUGCUCUGUGGCUGCGGCAGUGGCUCUGGCAGGGCAGUACCUGCCGUGUGUGGUUGUGGGAUGGGUGGCAGCGUGACAGGACACGGGGGCUGGGGAUGCUGCAGGGACCUCCCAGCUCUGCCACCGGCCGGGCUGGGCCGGGCAGGACACGGGCUCAGGGCAGGACACGGGCUCGGGGGGGGCUGUGAUGGAGCCGGGGGACACACGAGGCUGUACACAGGCGGGAUGCCAUCGUUCCUUCCCGGUCCAGGCUCCUGGAAGGAGCCCUGGCACAGGAAGAGGCCGGAACACUGCAGGGCACUGCAGCCACACGGUGCCUGGGAAUGCCGCUGGGCCCCGUUCGUGCCCCGGCCGUGGGCACCGGGCUCUGGGCACACACCCGGGGGGCAGCCCCCGGCCCAGCCCACCCCCCCGGGGACAGCGGAGCCGCGCCGAUGUGUCACUGCGGGCAAAGGGCGCGGCGGGCAGGGGCAGGGACCGGCCAGGCGGUGGCGGGGACAGUGGCAAGGUCCGAAGAGCCUCGCGGUGCCCGAGGGCGUCGUGCCCGGGGACAGGGCCGCUGGAUGUCACCCUUGUGCCGUGCGUGCCCAGGGCUGCCCCUCCGCGGGCAUCGGGCUGGCUGCGCACACGCGUGUGCCCCCGCCGCGCUGCCCGGCUCCGGGCACACCCGCACAGACACGCGGGGCCCCAGCGGGCUCCGUCCCCGCGGGAUUUCCCAACUCCUGGCUGGACGCAGCGCCCCUGCAGCCCCCCCGCGCCCUGCCCUGACCUUUGCACGAAUCCCCCAGAGGCUAUAAAGAGGGAGCCCGGGGCUGCCCCCGCGUCAGAGCCCGGCACAGCCAUGAAGGCGUCGCUGCUGUUCCUGCUGGCCUGCACGGCCUUCCUGGCGGUGGGAGCAAGGGCCGACUCGCCCGAGGAGCCGAAGGCGCUGGUGCAGAAGGUGCAGGAGCUGGCCCAGAAAGCCACGGCCAUGGCCAAGGACGCCUUCAGCAGGGUGCGGGAGUCGGAGGCGGCGCAGCAGGCCAGGCAGUGGCUGUCGGACAGCGCGGAGCUGGCGAAGCAGCGGCUGGUGUGGCUCAAGCAGCAGCUGGCCGAGCUCCUGAAGAAGACUCCGCCCGCGUAGCCUCGCCAGGGGCUGCCCGGGGUCUGUCGGGGACCCCCCCCGGACCCCCACCCGCUGUCGCGGUGCUCUCAAUAAAGCGGGGCUGA